UGGUUGAUUCGGCAGCGGGAAGGCGACUUCGUGGAAACCAUAUUUGACGAGAGCGCCAUGGCGUCCCACCAGGAUGAAGCUCGCUACAAGGCCGGCGAAGCCAAAGGCCAAGCUCAGGAGAAGACGGGUCAGAUGAUGGGGAAGGGCCAGGAAACAGCCGAGGCCGCCAAGGAGAAGGCCUACGAGGCCAAGGACAAGGGAUCUGAGACAGCGCAAUCGGCGAAGGAGCGAGCCCAGGAGGGGACGGAGAAGACCGGAGGCUACAUGCAGGAGACGGCGGAGGCGGCCAAGGAAAAGGCUUCCCGGGCAGCUCAGUCCGCCGGCGACACCGCUCAAGCCGGGAAGGAGAAAACCGGAAGCGUGUUGCAGAAAGCUGGGGAACAGGUGAAGAGCGUGGCGGCUGGGGCUGCUCAUGCUGUGAAGAGCUCGCUGGGCAUGGCUGGUGGUGGCAACGAGGAGGCGGCUGCUGCUCCUCCCGGCGGCAGGGAUUAGAUCAGAUCUGCAUUUGAUUUCCCAUUUCGGCUGUUGCUACUGCUGUCGUCGUCUUCGUUGGGUUUGGGUUUGGUUUUGUACUGUUCUCGGCUGGUUGCGCGGUGGUUGUGUGGGCGUCGCUUUGUUGUAGCUUUACUUCCGCCUCGUUGGUUUUG